CCCCUGCCCCUGGCCUCCCGGCGGGGCCCCCAGCAGAGACCUCAGCCCCGCCCCUACCAGACCCGCUAUUUCCCCCAGAAGAUUGAUCAUUUUGGAUUUGUUCAAGAUCUUACAUUCCAACAGCGGUACCUAGUAGCAGAUCAACACUGGAGAAAAGACAAUGGAUCAAUUCUCUUCUACACUGGCAAUGAAGGUGAUAUCACCUGGUUUUGCAAUAAUACGGGCUUUAUGUGGGACACGGCGGAAGAACUUAAUGCCAUGUUAGUGUUUGCUGAACACCGAUACUAUGGAGAAUCCUUGCCCUUUGGAAAUAAGUCUUACACUGAUUCUAAACAUCUGAAUUACCUGACAUCGGAACAAGCCCUGGCAGAUUUUGCGAUAUUAAUUCAGCACCUAAAGGAGACAAUCCCAGGAGCCCAAAAUGCUCCUGUGAUUGCCAUAGGGGGAUCCUAUGGCGGGAUGCUUGCAGCCUGGUUUAGAAUGAAAUAUCCUCAUGUGGUGGUUGGAGCUCUUGCAGCCUCUGCCCCAAUCUGGCAGUUUGAGGAUUUGGUACCUUGUGGCACUUUCUACAGUAUAGUGACAAAUGAUUUCAAAAAGAGUGGACAGUGCUGCUCAGAGAGCAUCCUGAAUUCAUGGGAGGCCAUUAACCGUGUCUCCUCUACAGAUGAUGGUUUGAAGUGGCUUUCCAGCGCAUUUCACUUAUGCAGCCCAUUAAAAACCAAGCAAGAUGUUGCUGUGCUGAAAGCUUGGCUAAGUGAAACAUGGGUAAAUUUGGCAAUGGUGAACUAUCCAUAUAAAGCUGACUUCUUACAGCCCCUGCCAGCUUGGCCUAUUCAGGUAGUUUGCAAGUUCCUAAAGAAUCCUAAACAGCCAGACAAAUUAUUGCUGCAGAAUGUUUUCCAGGCAGCAAAUGUCUACUACAACUACUCAGGAGCUACAUCGUGCCUUAACACAUCUCAGAGUGCUACAGGAAAUCUUGGCCUGAUGGGCUGGUACUAUCAGGCUUGCACUGAAAUGGUGAUGCCCAUGUGCACAGAUGGGGUCAAUGACAUGUUUGAGCCGAGCAAAUGGAACUUCCAUGAGUUCUCUGAAGAAUGCUUCAAACUGUGGAAAGUGAGGCCUCGCCCUUCCUGGAUUCCUUCUGUGUAUGGAGGGAAAAACAUCAGUUCACACAGCAACAUUAUCUUCAGCAAUGGCGGCCUGGACCCGUGGUCUGGAGGUGGAGUGACUCAGAAUAUCACAGACUCUCUAAUAGCAAUUGUAAUCCCAGAAGGCGCUCAUCACUUGGACCUACGUGCCAGCAAUCCUGAUGACCCCAAAUCUGUGCUGCAAGCCCGGGCCUUGGAAGUUCAGUACAUGAAGCAAUGGAUUGAAAAGUCCAGGCAUAAAUACUAAAGUGGUACUGUAACAGGGGUGUUCAUGGCUCAAAACUUUUUUCAUUCCUGUUUGAUUCAUUCUCUUCCGUUCUUAGCGAUAUGUGUGUGUGCUGGCUCUCAGCACUGUCUGUGUGACUGAGGAGCAGUGGGGGUGGCUGCUAACUGGGAGUCUGCUCCAGUAGCAAACCUCAGUCAAUAAAAUGCAUGGAUUUGACUCACUCAGGGCGGCAUGCUUUCCUAUUCUGCUACUAAAUGCCUCCUCCAGCCUCUUUGCAACAUGCUUGUGUGGGGCCCAAUUCCUGGAAGGCCACACACAUCCUCACCAAAUCAGUUCCCAAGUUGCUAGCAAAGUGUGAGCUUGACCAAAUGCAGGGAUCACUGAACUCCAUGGCAAAGUUCUCCCUGAUUUCAACUGGAUCUCAGUAUAGGGGCUCCUUUUCAGCAGGUGUAAAUUGCCAUAGCUCCAACAGGAGUGUCAGCUGAGAUCUGCCCUAAAGCUUAACCUUAUCAACUCAAACUGCACAUAUGCUGCCUUCCAUCAGAUGCAGACUAGUUAAUACUAUAACCUGGAGAAUGAGAAACCAGAUUUGUUCAGUUGAUGAGUAUAAGGAAAGCUGCUGAGUAUUGCCUCCUAUAGGCAAAAUCUUGUCUUAAGAGACUGCUUGCAAGUUUCUCCAAGUUUUCUAGCAGAACGGUUAUUGUUUCCAAUCUCCAGGUAAAAACAAACCAGGUAGGGAGCUGAGUUUUGGUGUUCCCUCUGAUUCAGACAGUUGUUGUCUCUGAGUUGGAGACUUAAUGGGGAUGUAAACCACUUUGAUAUGGUGAAGAUUGGGGGCAAAGGAAUUGUUUUAGUGUGGGAACAAAACCACAUUAGGAUGUGAUUUCAUGGACAGAAAGACCAGCCAUAUAUUUUUCUUGGUUACAACGCUGCUGAAAACAAGUUCUCACGUGUGGUUGUUUCUGUUCUCCUCACCAAAUAGGAGUGGCCUCUAAACACAUUUUUGCUUUUUAAUUCUCCAAUUGCUUGUCUGUGCACCAUUUGUUGUUUUUGUCCCUCCACCACUGCUUCCCUUAAGGCCGGGAUACCAGCCGCUGUGGUGCUGCCGAAGAGAAAUGUGGGUAUUUUCUUCCUUCUUGUUGCUUUUUUUUCCAGAUCAGCACUGGGAAACCUUCUUUAAAUUCUUCUCCUGCAGAGGGAACCUGACACGCUUGCUGGCUAGAUCUUAAGUGACAAAUAAUUGGGGCAGGACCUUGUUUUCUUUUCCUUUUCUGUAUAUUGAUAAGAUUCUGCAUGGUCUGGUUGCCGCUGAUGGUUCAAUAAGGCCUUUUAAAAAUUGUUUGCAGGGUAAACGCUUCAGAAUGCAGCUAAACUAUGGGGACAGCAUUAACUCAAAGCGUGAGGCAGUGCUCAGCAGAGCAGGUGGGGGGGGCUUUCUGUAGAGCUUCCAAAAGAGAGAACUGCCCAAUUCAUGCAGAAACAUAUUUGACAUUAAUAAAUGGCUGGGACAGUCCCCUCACUUUGCAGCUUUGGCUUUGUUCACACUGAAAGCCUUCUACCAAAAGGCCCCUUUUCUAAGCUAGCAGGACUAGCUCAUUUUGAGUCAGAAAGUCUCAAGGCAACAAAUGUACCCAAAUGUCUCAUAACAUUCCAGUUUUGUUUGCAUUUGCCAGCUUUAAGUCGUGUGCCUAAAAUAUACUCAAACCUCUUUAAUCUGGCUGUGCCGGACUAUGGAGUUUUUCCGACCAUGGGUGUUUGCCAUAAUGAAUGGUAAACAAAAUCUAUUGCUAAAUCUUUUGUAUAUUCAUAUGAUUAUAGAGUACUAUACAUGGAUAACAUGUCAUAAGAUAAAUCCUUAAGCCAUUAUAUUUAAACUAUUAUUGGGAGUGCAGGGUCUGGGAGGGAAGGAGUAUGCAUGAGGGAAUGGGAAUGCAGGAUCUGGGCAUGAGGGGGACGGAGGUGAAGCACUUACUUAGCGCUCCACCCCUGGGGACAUGUGGCUCUGUGCCUCACUACCACUCCCAAGCACUGCCCGCCCCACCACAACUUCCAUUGGCUGUGGUUUGCGGCCAAUGUGAGUGGCAGGAGAAAAGUCUCCAGACAAGAGCUUUGCUGUGCUGCCAUUCCCCCAGCUGGGAAAGGGGGUAGCAGCAGUGCCUCUUUCUCUUCCCCCUUCCGGGCAGAGCAUCUGGGCCAGAUCCAGCCUGUGGUUUGCCUAGAUCUGGUCCACGAAGCUCAGAGCUCCCACCCUUGCAGUGGGGAGCUGGGGCUCCAGCCAUGCUGGGGCAAGAACCAUGGGUGUUUCCAGAUCACAGGCAUCUGGAUUAAGGAGGUUCAAGUGUACAACAUUUCUUAUUACUCCAGGCAGCCUUUCAUAUUUGCACAUAAUCCAGCAUUUUCUAGGAACAACACAGAUUUUACUAUGAAUCUUUACUUUUUUAACGCACUCCAGUAAGUCUGGUUCUCUCGUUGACAGAGCUCUUGGCAUAUCCUUGCUUUUGCUCCAGUAUUCUAGGGAAGGUUGAUUUGAACCUUUAUGUUCAGGUUGAGCAGUCUGAAUCUUUCAUGCUCUGUCUUUAGCAGGUAAUCACUUUGGAGCCUAUAAAGAGUGAGACAAGAGAAGAAUCCUACUACAAGGGGAAGAUUUGACAAAAAUCUGUCCGUUGUUAGUAAUCUCCAUUCAAAUGGGUCAUAUUUCUAGCUUUAUGAUGUAAAUGUGUCCUAAUAUCAAUGUGUGCUCUUUACAAUAAAAUAGUGGCCUUAACUUUUUUGUUGUUUUACAAUGUUUUAAACAUUUUAGAUCAAAUAAAAGCUAACCACAUUUCCUGUGUCCCCUGCCAAACUUGAAGACACAAUCAAUAGUAUUUUAAGAUGGCAUCUUAUUUAUUCUUAAUCUUCUUUAUUGGAGGGCAAGGAAGGGAACUGACCACGUACAUCUAAACAUUAGGAAUGCACAAACCACUCAUCAUCAAUAUUCCCUCUUGUUGUUAUCCAUGUGCAGAAUAUAUUUUGUUUUGUGCACUGAGGCAUUUGUGGAUGUGUGUCACCAGUAGGAAUAGAUGCUGUUGGCUGAGGGUGCUGAGGGCACUCUGCUAAUCAGUUGGGUGCAUUUGCAUAUCUCCUGGGUGGCCGCCCGAGUGCUCAUCUUACAGGGAACACUGCUCGGAACCAAGGAAAAAAAGGAUAAGGGUCUAAUCUAUUUCCUUUGACCACAGGGGGAACUGGAUCAGGUCUUAAGAAUACAGAAUUCAUAAAUUUAUAUAAAGAAAGAUCUGUAAAUAAUAAUGUUGUAGCCUGAGCUCAUGCUGUACUACUGUAGUAUCUCUAAGGGCUUGAUUUCAAUGCCCAUUGAAGUCCCUAGGAGACUUCAUGGGUUUUACCACUUUUCUUAGGUUUUUAACAAGGUGACCAGUUUUCUGUUCUGGCCUUCAUCAUAAUAGUUGAAACACUAGGUCUAUCUGUGUACUUAUUUCCCUUAAAUGAUCUUUCAGACCUAGUCCCAGAAUUUAUGUGCAUUAGGGAAUGACCAUCAACAAAGAUCAGCUACCUCAUUUUGAAGUGUAACUUUCCCUGCUUAUGUCCGGCGCGUUAGACUAUCAGGAGCCAGGAUAGGGUUGUAACUUUAUUUGGCCCACUGUAUCAUGAUUAAACGAUAUUUCAUCUUCCUUCAAGAAAAUAAUCCCAGAUACACCACCUCAGUGUGUGUUGUGAAUUCUUUGAAGUACAUAUUGCGUUUUUGAUGGAAAAUGCAUAAAAUAAAACAAAUAAUUGAUAUUUCUAUAUAAAGCACUGAUGACGUGAAUAAAAAGCCAGUAAUUGUGAAUCUUACAGUUAGAAGAUUUUGAAAUUGAAACCUGUAUGACAAAAAUAUGCUGUAACAAGUAUUAAAGAUAAAUAAAUGUGAAUUUCUGGAA